AUGCAUCACCUCCAACUCCUAUCAAUAAUCCUCGCCAUCGCAACCCCACUGGCGGGGUCCGUCCCAGCCCAACCCCAAGCCCGGGAUCAAAACGCACCACAAGUAUACAAAACAACAGACAAUUUCCCACUCGCAAACCCAGGAAACAUCGCAGCCCACGACCCAAACAUCAUCCUGCACGACGAGCACUACUACCUCUUCAAAGGCGGGAUCAACAUCCCAAUCUUCAAGGCAGCCAACAUAUCCGGCCCAUGGGAACAGCUCGGCACAGUUCUUGCUGGCGACAGCAUAAUCCCAAAAGACAACCGGUCACGACCAUGGGCACCAACCACAAUCGAAAAAAACGGCACAUUCUACUGCUACUACACGCUGAGCACGAGAGGGUCCCGCAACAGCGCGAUUGGCGUCGCAACGACUACAGCCCUAGAUGGCAGCCCCUGGACCGACCACGGCGUUGUCAUUAACACGGGCAAGGGCACUGGUUCUGGGGUGUGGCCGUAUACGAUCACUAACGCUAUCGAUGCGUCUUUCAUCAUUGACCAGGACUCUGGCCAGGCGUAUCUCAAUUACGGAAGCUUCUGGCAGGAUAUAUGGCAGGUCCCGCUGGCGAAUGAUCUCCUUUCUGUCAAGGAUGCGGGCAAGCCAGAUGCGGUGCAGUUGACGUUUAUCCCACAUGCGGACUCUAAGCCCGAGGAAGGCUCGUGGAUGAGCUUUCGAGAGGGGUACUAUUAUGCUUGGUUUAGUCAUGGGAAUUGUUGUAACUUCAAGGACGGGUUCCCCGCGCGUGGGAAGGAGUAUAGUAUUCGCGUCGGGAGGUCGAAGAGUGUGCGUGGUCCUUUUCAGGAUAGGGAGGGGAAAUCGUUGCUUGAUGGUGGUGGCACGGUGGUUUAUGGCUCUAAUCAUGGGGUUGUGUAUGCACCUGGUGGCCUGGGUGUCUUGGCUGGGAAGAAUACUUCCGUGCCGGAUAUUCUCUACUAUCAUUAUUUGAAUACGUCAAUUGGGUUUAAGCAUGGGCAAGCUCGGCUCGGCUGGAGCUAUUUGGACUAUGAGGAUGGGUGGCCGGUGCCUGCUGGAGGCCGAAAUGCCACAAUCAAUGCUGCCUUCAUUUAUGGACCUCGAGUUCCUAGCUGGGGUUAUCUAGUAGUCAUUUUUGGUAGGAGAAGUUCCAAUUUUCAUGUGUCUUAUGCUAAUAUCUGA